GGUUUGAUUUGGUGUCAGUUUCAAUCAGUGGUCGUCGGGUGAAUUUAACGCUAAAACAAGUGAUUAUUAAAUUGUUUUAUACACUAAUACAUUGUUGACAUUAUUUUAAAAAAAGGUUAAUGCUAAUAUUAGAAAUAUUAUCUUUAAUAAAAAAAAUCGUGUAAGACUCGAAUUUGAAUACUAGUAAUAAAAGACAUUUAAUUUCGAUACUCGUGUUCCUCAAAAUUGAAUAUUUAAGAAAAGUAGUUUAAAGUAAAAGUGAGGUGUUAUUACGUGUAUGUUUAGAGUGUCCAAUAAUUUAACUGGAGGUUGUCGAUAAAGUUGGACUACCGCAGAAGGGUUUUAUGAAUGUUGACACCCAACUAUGCCUCAGUAUAAGUAUGAUGGCUUGAAAAAAGGAGUUCUUUUAAAGGGCGGACGCGGCACCAUGGAGACAAUGAACAGAUUCCUACGGUGUGCGAGCCUGCGCGUCAAGAUGCUCACGGCUGAGGACGAGUGGUCGUAUGACGAGGAGCCACAUAGCCGCCGCCGGAAAGAAAUUCUGAAGGCGCAUCCGGAAAUCAAGGAGCUCAUGGGAUACGAUUCUAACAUUGCUUACAUUGUCAUAGCGGAAGUCAUUGCUCAGAUGGUGAUGUCUUAUGUACUAAUGGACGCCUCCUGGUCCACUGUGCUUAUUUGCGGCUAUGUCAUAGGAGGUGUACUAAAUCAUUCAUUAGGAAGUGCAAUCCACGAAAUAGGUCAUAAUUUAGCUUUUGGCCACGGCCAACCGGUGAAAAAUAGACUCCUGAGCAUAUUUUGCAAUGUACCGAUCAUUGCUCCAAUGGCUAUUAGUUAUAAAAAAUACCACGCUGACCACCACCGUUACCUAGGCCAUGAAUACCAAGACGUCGACAUCCCAACCCGCCUAGAAUCCUUCCUCUUCCGACGCCCAAUCACCAAGAUUAUCUGGCUUAUCUUCCACCCAUUGAUCCAUGCCCUACGUCCUUUUUAUAAGAGCCCAAAGCCCAUCACUGGAUGGGAAAUGAUCAACAAUGCAAUUCAAUUAAUCGUGAAUGUCCUUAUUAUCAAAGUGUUCGGCAUGAAAUCGUUCGUGUACUGUCUUUCUGGCACCUUGUUUGGACUAGGGUUUCAUCCAUUGGCUGGGCACUUUAUUUCGGAACAUUACGUCUUUACAGAAACUGGGCAAGCCACCAUGAGCUAUUACGGACCACUCAAUUUUAUACUGUUUAACGUAGGAUACCAUAUAGAACACCACGACUUUCCCUACAUUCCAUACAACAAGUUACCGGAAGUGAAAAAGAUUGCGCCAGAAUUUUAUCAGCAACCCUACCAUACUUCUUGGAUAAAGGUGCUUUGGGAUUUUAUAUUCGAUCCCUCCCAUGGUCCUCAGGCGCGCUCUGUUGGUUACCAUGUCAACCCAAACAGCAAACACGCGGUCAAUGGGGUUGCCAAUGGUAACGGGGUCAAAGAGGUUGCCAAUGGAAACGGGGUCAAUGGGGUUGCCAAUAGUUACGGUGUUCAUAAGGCUACUGGACAUAACGGAUCUAUAGCAAACGGUCAUGCUGAAAGUGCGAAGACCAAGUCAGAAUGACGUUACAUAUAGCAAUAGCUAUUAUAUUCUGCAAUGUUCAAACCAUUAUGUUUAUAAGGUUUUAGGUUUGUUGAUUAUUCUUAACUAUUCACCACGUGUUUGAUUUUAAGCGAGUAUAUAUUGAUCUUAAGAAUAAGAAGCAGUAAACUUUAACUUGAGCUAGAACUUUGGGGUUUUCUUUAAAAAAAAUUGUGGGGUGGGGUGGGGGUUGUACAGUUAGGUAUACGUUAUGAUUGAAAAGUUUACAUUUGAUGUCUUAAUUGUUUGUGUUUGGAACACUCUUCUAUUUAUUGCCCGUCCUUUCCUAUCUUGUGUUGUUAACAGGGACACUUGUCUUGCCCCUUCCUGCACACUGUCUUUGUAGAUAUGCAACUGUUCUAUUUUUGUCUAUUUUGUCGUUGAUUAGACAUUUUUUACCAACGGACUUUACAAAUGGUAUUGUCGACGCCUAUUUUGCACUAAGAGUCGGGCAACCCCAAAUUCAAGUAAUUUUAAGGCCUGGUCUGUAUCAUUUGCAUACGAUGUCAUAGGUGUUGACAUAAAAGGCAAUUGAAAUUGUAUGAUUCUUCAUUAUCAACUUAUUUGUCACAAUCUGUAAGAGAUAAUCUGUGUUUUGCCAAUCUUCCAUAUCCCUGCCAAUAAUUAUCAUACUUAUUACAGACAUACUCGAUAGGUAUGGUAGAUUGUAUCGUAUGUACUGAUGAUGUGAUCAUAUGGUGUAUAAGCUCCUUCAUACUCGCACUCGGGCCUUGCCCAUUCGGCGAGUGCUCUUUUAAGAUUGUUAGUCAUUUAAGGUUUUCGGAGCAAACUGCACAGACAGAAUGAAGCCUUUGGUUAGAGGUAUCCUGGUUCUUUACCGUGCACCAGUGUAUAGCUCUGUUACACGGGUCCCCCAUUUUACGUCCCUCCUGCAAGACGAUUAGUAUUUGUUUAGUGGUGCGGCGGGGAAUCGAACCAGCGAUGUUGACUUGAUACAUUAUAAUACCACAUGUUGAGAACAUCAUGCCGAUUUGUUUACUUGUUAACCGGAAAUGAUGACAUAAGUUUUGUCGAAACAUUCAGGUUCAACACAUUAUUUUGAAUUCACAACAUUGAUCUUAGCCUUUAUAUCUUACAUAUCAUUGCCAAUAUUUAAAAUGUGGUGAUAAGAAACGUCAUUAUAUAAUAUGCAUUUAGAUAUACUUUGAUAUAAAUAUUUAUUAUUUAUCACUUUAUCUUAUGAAUGAAACAUUCCCUGUUAUGCUUACAUAUAUCUGUUUUUACACCAAACAUGUUUAAGUAUGUGUAUUUAUUUAUUUAUUUAUUUGUUUAAUAAAUUAUAUGUUUCCUUGA